ACGAGGAUCCGCUGAGAAAUUUCCUGGUUCUGUGAUCUCUCCUUUGAUCUGGGAAGAAAUUGGAGAUUGACUUGUCUUAGUUACCCGAAUCUGUUCAUAUCGUCGGUGGAAUUGUUGAAAAACUGAAAUUCGAAAAUGGCGUCUACAUUCAGCGGCGAUGAAACUGCUCCUUUCUUUGGCUUCCUCGGCGCUGCUGCUGCCCUCGUUUUCUCCUGUAUGGGAGCUGCGUAUGGGACGGCCAAGAGCGGUGUAGGAGUGGCGUCGAUGGGAGUUAUGAGACCGGAGCUGGUGAUGAAAUCGAUCGUCCCGGUUGUAAUGGCUGGAGUUUUAGGUAUUUAUGGGUUGAUCAUUGCCGUUAUAAUUAGCACUGGGAUAAACCCAAAGGCCAAAUCUUACUACCUUUUUGAUGGCUAUGCUCAUCUUUCCUCUGGUCUUGCUUGUGGCCUCGCUGGUCUCUCUGCCGGCAUGGCUAUUGGGAUCGUCGGCGAUGCUGGCGUUAGAGCCAACGCUCAACAGCCAAAGCUGUUUGUUGGAAUGAUUCUUAUCCUCAUUUUCGCCGAGGCUUUAGCUCUGUAUGGACUCAUCGUGGGUAUCAUCCUCUCUUCCCGUGCUGGUCAAUCCCGAGCAGAAUAGAGUGCAGCAAGAAACACUUGUCAAGGUUUUUUCGGUUCAUCUUUGUCGUGAAUUUUAUUUUAAGCGUUCCAUGGUGUUUGUAUGAUUAGAAGAUAGAUAUAAAUCAUGUUUAUCUUAUCUAUUUCUGGAAUUUAAUGACCCUUUUUAUGAUAGACUGUUCAUCUUUCUA